UGUGUGUCCCCUGUCCCUCCCGCAGGCUGGGGAGACCAGCUCAUCUGGACACAGACCUACGAGGAGGCGCUGUUCAGGGCCAAGCACAGCCAGAAACCCCUGAUGAUUAUCCACCACUUGGAAGACUGCCCACACAGCCAAGCCCUCAAGAAGGUCUUUGCUGAACACAAAGAUAUACAGAAACUGGCUGAAAAAUUCAUUCUCCUGAACCUUGUGUAUGAAACCACAGACAAGAAUCUUGCACCUGAUGGCCAGUACGUCCCUCGGGUUUUAUUCAUAGGUGAGUACCUCAAGCAUCAAAGCUGAUCUCAGAACAGAGCCUCUGCUGCACUAUGCAUCUCAA